AUCACCCACUUACUCGGCACGGGAACUUGUAUAAAUAAGAGAGCGAGACAACAAGGUAGCAGACAUUUGGAGCUGUUCACGCCUCAGGAUGGAUAAAGGCUGCUGGAAAGGGACCCUGGUCCUUGUUGUGGUGCUGGUCAGCACGUAUGCAGAAGCUUCAUCUUCCUGGCACAUGGAUGACUUCAUCAAGGCGGUGAAGCAGGUGGAGAAUGGGGAUCCUGGGUCAGAGCCAGUAGCCGUGUUGAGGAGGCUGCGCCGGGCAGCUGGCCUUAAUGAUGCAUUCAUUCAGCACUUCCUCGGUAAUGCCGACUCCAGUGGUCCUGAAAUGAACUCGAACCUCUCAGUUUACAUUAACAGGGCUGUGCAUCACAGGGUGACUGAAGAUGCCAAAGAAGAAGGUGUGGUUCUCACUCCUGAUGGCACCACCGUUGCCCUGGCGCCCCUCCUCCUGGGCAUCGAGGCUGGUCUCCUCUCCAAGACGACAGGCCGUGUGCGGGGCCUGUACCAGCUCACCCUGGCCAAAGACCUGCACAGCUCUCCUCUCACCCAGCAUCUGGGACCGGACGGCUGCUGGGACAGCAUCACCUCCCCUCGAGUCUUCACCCUCCUGGACAGGCCCUCUAUGCUCACCACCGCUCAGGUCAACGGGGUCAUGGAUGGCGUGGUUCUAGGUAUGGAGGUCUCUGCCAAAUCCAGACGUCCUGUCAAGCUCAGCGACCUGCUGACAGAGUAUUACUGCCACCAGCUGGAGAGCAAAGGACUGGACGCUGCCCCGCGCCUCACCAGCCGACGUCGCAGGGAGAACUUCGGAGGGCUGGUCGCCCUUCCGGUGCUGGCCAGGCAGGUGGUGAAGUCAGUAGAGCUGUGGCGGACACUGAAGGGGCGCUCCAAGAUGGACGCGAAGAAGAGGAAGCAGCUGAUGGCGGUGGUGAAAGAGGGAAUGAAAGAGUUCACCCAUAAGUACAUGGAUUGCCCUCCCUUCAUACCUCGCUGUAUGUGGGGUGCAGAGCCGUACAGAGGGACCCCCACCAACCUGUCUCUCCCUCUCUCCUUCAUGUUCAUCCACCACACUCACUCGCCGGGCAAGCCCUGUCUGACCUUCCAGCAGUGCUCUGCAGACAUGCGCUCCAUGCAGCGCUUCCACCAGGAGGACAGAGGCUGGGACGACAUAGGAUACAGCUUCGUCGCAGGUUCCGACGGUAACAUCUACGAGGGCCGAGGCUGGCACUGGCAAGGGGCCCACACCCUCGGACACAACUCCGUAGGCUUCGGGGUUUCCUUCAUCGGAAACUACGCCGCCAGCCUGCCUUCCCAGCAUUCCAUGGGGUUGGUGAGAGAUCAGCUGGCAUCCUGCGCCAUCGGCGGUGGGAGACUGGUAGCCAACUUCACCCUGCAGGGGCACAGACAGGUGGUGAACACUUCCUGUCCUGGUGACGCUCUCUAUAAUGAGAUCAGAGGCUGGGAACACUAUGGGGAGGUCGAGAAAUGAAAACGAUCUGCAUGACAAGAGGAAGAGCCUUGAAUAAACCAAAAGUCAACACAAUACAUAUUUGUCUUAUU